AAUAUAAAUAAGUUUAUUAUAAAUAUAAUAUAAAUAAAAAUUUACACAUAUGGGUUUCAUAAAAAUAUUAAAACGCAUGCUUUAUGCAAAUUUUGCAUCAUGCAGUUCUAAAACAUUAGGAAUAUUAGCACCAUUAACAAUACCACCAUUACAUAUUGCAUUUUUAUAUUAUUUUUGGCAAGAAUAUUCAAGAGAUGUAGAUAAACAAUAUUGUUCUUGUUCAUGUUGGGACACAGUAUUUAAGGGAUCAUAUGAAUCUGGUAUUGCUUCUUAUAAACAUAUGUAUUUUAAUGCUACAUCAAAUACUUUAAAAAUAUGGAUCACAAUUGUAAUUGGAGUUAUAAUUUUCUAUGAAGUAGUGAAACAUUUAACAUGGCUGGCUUUUCAUAAUCGCCUUAGACUUUCUAUGAUGAUUCUUUUUUCAACUGCUAUUUUUUCACAUUAUUAUACUUGGUGGGUUUAUAUGAAUUAUUGGAAUGAUGAGUUCUAUUCUCAAUGGUACCAUCAAUUGUUUUUUUCUGUCACUGAGUUGAUGUCUACUUUUUUGGUUGUUCACUUGGCAAAUAAUAAAAAUCCAGUAACUCAUAGAAAAGCAUUUGGUAUAGCUGCAAUAGCUAUUUUACAUAUUGUAGCGGGUGGUUGGGAUCAAUUUGUUGCUAAUGUUGUCAGAGGAGAAGGGUAUGCCCAUCAGGUUGUACGUGAUCUUGGAUUUAUGAUCCCAGAUAUUCUCCAUGUUGCUAUUCCAUUAUGGGCAGUAAAAUGGAAAAAUAUAUAUAAUCUUCCUGGUUCUACUAAACGAGAUCCAAGUAUCAAAAGAGAUCUAGCUUAUAUGUUAGGGAUGAUAUGCAUAGGAUUAUGCAUUUGUGCCAUAUUAUAACUUAGCUCUUAUAAUGCCUAAGAAUAGUGUCUUAAAAAUAAAAUAAUAAUUUAAUUUAACUUAUUUUCUUAUACAAAUUUGUGAAAGAUAUAUAUCUAUAGUUGAAUUUUACUAAAAGA